AUGGCGAACGACCAAGAGAUGAGUGGAUGGACUGAUCUUCUCCAUUCUUCUUCGAAGCUCUUAGAGCAAGCUGCUCCUUCGUCUCAGUUUCCUCCUCUUCAGAGAAAUUUAGAUCAGCUGGAAGCGUUGUCGAAGAAGCUCAAGGCUAAAACCCUAAGGAACGAAGCUCCUUCUCAGUCUAUUGCCGCCACUAGAUUACUCGCACGGGAGGGAAUCAAUGCAGAGCAACUAGCUCGCGAUCUAAAAUCUUUUGAGCUGAAGACAACAUUUGAGGAUGUGUUCCCUGCUGAGGCUACGAGCGUUGAAGAGUACCUGCAACAGGUUCAUGAAAUGGCUAUGGUAUCAGCUAUACAGGAAGCUCAAAAGGAUAAUGUUCGAAGCUUUAAUGAUUAUAUGAUGAAAGUCCUGGAGGAGGAUUGGAGAAAAGAAAAACGUGACUUCCUUCAGAGCCUUAGCAGAAUAUCAAUGUUACCUAAAACGAAUAUGAUUGAUACAAGCAGAGAGGCUAAUGCUGGUCACCUAGUGCCGGUGGCUUCAAGUCCGCGUGUGUCCUCAACACCAGGCAAAGAACUUGUGGCUCUGGCUAACAUACCCAUUCAUGAGAAAAAAGCAUAUGUCUAUGGAGAGGUUGUGAAGAAACUUAACACUGCAAGAGAACGAGGCUCGCCAUUUAGACCUGCAAUGUGUUUUAAGGAGGCUUAUGAAUCUCUUGGUGCUGAGGUAACUCGUGGAAAAUCAGUCAACAUGCAGAAAAUAUGGGAGCUUGUUCAGACAAUAACAGGUGAAGAUUCAGCAGUUCGACAGGGUGUUUCGAAGAGGAUGUCCCUCGCGAUAGGUGCAAGACGUCAUUUACAACGUGGGCAUGAGAAACAUAUCAUGGACACAAUUCAGAGUCACCCUACACAAGCUUCUCUUGGUGGAUCUGUUGGAAAUUUGCAAAGAAUUCGUGCUUUCCUUCGGAUUCGUUUGAAAGAGUAUGGAACUUUGGAUUUUGAUUCACCUGAUGCACGUAGGCAGCCUCCUGUUGAUACGACUUGGCAACAGAUAUAUUUUUGCUUACGAACUGGGUAUUAUGAGGAGGCUAGGGAAGUUGCUCAGUCAACUCGGUCAUCUCAGCAAUUUGCACCACUGCUUAAUGAGUGGAUCACCACAGAUGGUAUGGUGGCAGCAGAGACUGCAGCUAUUGCAUCUGAAGAAUGUGAAAAAAUGUUAAGAAUGGGUGAUCGGCUUGGCAGAACCGCAUAUGACAAGAAGAAACUCCUACUCUACACCAUCAUCUCUGGUUCCCGCAGGCAAGUUGAGCGCAUACUGAGGGAUCUGUCUACACUCUUCAACACAAUUGAAGAUUUCUUAUGGUUCAAACUAUCAUGCAUAAGAGACGUCUCUGGUGGAUCUUCAUCUGUGGUAUUGAAUGAUGGCCUCGCGCCGUACAGUUUAGAUGAUCUCCAGGCUUAUCUAAACAAAUUCGAGCCUUCAUACUACACUAAGAAUGGAAAAGACCCUUUGGUAUAUCCAUAUGUCUUGCUUCUCAGCAUUCAGUUGCUUCCCGCUAUCAUGCACUUAUCUAAAGAAGGAGGAGACGGAGGCUAUAAUAUUGACGCUGUUCAUAUAGCUAUCUCUCUAGUGGACCAUUCCGUUCUAUCUGAAGGCUCUGGGACUGGCCACAAACUGAGUGUGAUGGAUGCUAAUGCUGAGGCCUCUAGCAUGAUUAGGCAAUACGGGUCAAUGUUUUUGCAUCAUGGGGAUCUCCAAAUGACGGUGGAGUACUAUGCACAAGCUGCUGUUAGUGUAGGUGGUGGGCAAUUAGCUUGGUCCGGAAGAAGUAAUACGGAUCAACAGAGGCAGAGAAACUUAAUGCUGAAGCAGCUACUGACUGAGAUUCUGCUGCGAGAAGGUGGUAUCUACUUGUUGCUUGGAGGAAGAGGUUCUGGUGAAGAAGGUCAGCUUGGAAGGUUUUUCCCUGAUGCUAGAUCGAGACACCAGUUCUUGAUCGAAGCUGCACAUCAAUGUCAAGAAGCUGGAUUAUACGACAAAUCCAUUGAAAUACAGAAGAGAGUGGGUGCAUUUUCGGCUGCCUUGGAGACUAUAAACAAGUGUCUGUCUGAAGCCAUUUGCUCUCUUGCCCGUGGAAGAUUAGACGGUGAAAGCCGAACAUCAGGGCUUAUUCUCGCUGGAAACGAUAUUCUUCAGACUUACAAAUAUUACCCUGAAGUCAGUGUCCAGGAAAGAGAGCGAGUGAUGGAGCAAGAAACCAUACUAAGAGAGCUCGAGGCAAUACUAGCGAUCCACAAGUUGGGUAGACAAGGCAAUCAUCUGGAUGCUUUGAGGGAAAUCGCAAAACUUCCGUUCCUUCAUCUUGAUCCAAGAAUGCCCGAUGCAACCGCUGACGUGUUCCAGAGCGCAUCUCCUUACUUCCAGACUUGUGUCCCGGACCUGCUCAAAGUUGCGCUAACGUGUGUAGACAAUGUGCCUGACACUGAUGGAUCGAUCCGUGCCAUGAGAUCCAAGAUUGCUGGGUUUCUUGCAAGCAACACGCACCGGAACUGGCCUCGUGACUUGUACGAGAAGGUGGCUCGAAGCUUUUGA